AUGGUUGAUCUCUUAAGCCGCGCAGGGCUCCUUCAAGAGGCUCACGAGUUUAUCAUGAACAUGCCUAUCAAACCAAAUGGUGUUGUGUGGGGAGCUCUCCUUGGUGGAUGCAAAGUUCACAGAAACAUUGAACUGGCUGAAGAAGCAACAAAGCACCUUUCUGAACUGGAUCCACUGAAUGAUGGAUACUACAUUGUUUUGUCAAACAUUUAUGCAGAAGCACAACGGUGGGAAGACGUGGCGAGAGUGAGAAGACUAAUGAGGGAUCGAGGGGUGAAGAAGACACCUGGCUGGAGCUCAAUCACGGUAGAUGGAGUGCUUCAUGAGUUUGUUGCUGGGGAUGAAGCCCAUCCUCAAGCCGAGGAGAUUGACCAAAUAUGGGAGAAACUACUUGAAAGAAUGAAGAUGAAGGGUUAUGUACCCAACACUUCAGUUGUUCUACUAGACAUGGAAGAGGAUCAAAAGGAGAAAUUUCUCAAUCGCCAUAGCGAGAAAUUAGCGCUGGUUUUUGGGCUGAUCAAAACGAAACCUGGAACACCAAUUCGAAUUAUGAAGAAUCUUCGUGUUUGUGUGGACUGUCAUGCUGCUUUGAAACUUGUAUCAGAAAUUGCCGACAGAGAGAUAGUUGUGCGUGACCGAAAUUGGUUCCAUUGUUUCAAAAAAGGUUAUUGUUCCUGCAGGGAUUACUGGUAG